AUGAACUUUAAGAAAUUUCUUCUUUCUGCCUGCAUUACUUUUUUGAACAGCCAAGGCGUUCAAGCUAUUGGAACAACUAUCCAAACUACAUUUUCUUCAAGGAUAACUGGUGGCGUUGGUUGUCAAUAUGGUGAUCAAGUUGGAACUGUGGAUGGAUUUGGGGCCACAAUUUAUUCAUACCCUAAUCAAGGCUCCGCCGGUUGGACCACUACUACUGGGGGGAAGUCCAUAGUGAACACAAACUUUUUCAUGAAUGAUUACAGUAAAUACGGAUUAAAAACGAGUACAACCGGCGUUCUAAAUCCAACAUUCACAUGUGAGAAGGAUGAGAAUCAUCCAGAUUCCACAACGGAGGCAUUUGGCGUUGAAGUUACCGUUCAGCAUUUUCUCUUAGAGUUGGAUGGCUAUUUCUAUGCCAAUGUCAGUGGCUUAUACACAUUUAGACUUCUUGCAGUUGAUGAUCUUGCAGCUGUUUGGUUUGGAAGUGGACUCUCCUGUUGUAAUUCAGACGUUCCAGAGGAUUCUGAAAGCCCUUCCUUCUGGGCUUCUUGGGAUCGUACAUCCAAUGAAAACGGUGCCGCGGUUGCAAAUCUUUACUUGACUGCCGGCAUUUAUUACCCUAUUAAGGUUAGAUUUGCCAACACAAACAGGGCUGGUGCACUUGCUUUUGAAGUUGUUGAUCCUUCCGGAAACACAAUUAAUGACUUCAAGGGUUCAGUCUACAGAUUUGUUAACAUUGAAAAUCGUUGUACAACCGUGUCAGCAACCUUCCCAUUUAGCACUCUUACUGUUUCAGAUCAAGAAGAUUCAACAUUUGCUGUUCCUACUACAACUACUGAUUCGGCAGGUGAUGCAGUCAGCACGACUGUUGUUAUUGUCGAGGUCUCUACCACUACCAAGCAGACCAAUACACCUACCAGUACAUCGUUCAAUAAUAUGUUGGCGACAGUCAGCACAUCUGAAACCACUAGCUCCGAAGUGUUAUCAACAAUCACCGAGGAUCCAGACAUUCCAGAGACUAUAACUACUACCAAGCUUACAACAUUCACUAACUCGGAUGGGUCUGUGGAAACCACCAGGAUUGUUGUUAUCGAAGUUCCAGGAACCACCACUACACCAGCAAACUUGACAAGCACUGGAGUUCCACAAAACACUUCGUCUAUUUCAACUUCAGAAUUUGUCAACAAUACUCAGACAAGCAUUGAGGUUCCACAAAACACUUCGUCCAUUUUAACUUCAGAAUUUGUCAAUAACACCCAGACGAGCCUAUUUGUGAACACAACUUCAUAUUGGAGCGUUCCUCUUACCACGAGUACCAGCAACACUAGUGAUAGCACAUCGAGCUACAUUCCUUUUACUAUAACCAGCAGUUCAGAAGUGUUAUCAACCAUCACUGAGGACCCAGACAUUCCAGAUACAAUAACUACUACCAAGCUUACAACAUUCACUAACUCGGAUGGGUCUGUGGAAACCACCAGGAUUGUUGUUAUCGAAGUUCCAGGAACCACCACUACACCAGCAAACUUGACAAGCACUGGAGUUCCACAAAACACUUCGUCUAUUUCAACUUCAGAAUUUGUCAACAAUACUCAGAUAAGCAUUGAGGUUCCACAAAACACUUCGUCCAUUUUAACUUCAGAAUUUGUCAACAACACUCAAACAAGUAUUUUGAUGAGCACAUCCUCAUCUUGGGAGAGUUCUAUUUCAAGCAGUUCAAUAAUGUUUUGGAAUAGUUCUAUUGCUAUUACAUCCUCGACGACAGUCUUGGUUUCAAGCACUAGCUCCGAAGUGUUGUCUACUAUUACUGAGGACCCAGACAUUCCAGAGACAAUAACUACUACCAAGCUUACAACAUUCACUAACUGGGAUGGAUCUGUGGAGACCACCAGGAUUGUUGUUGUUGAGGUUCCUGGAACCACUACAGUGUCUGAGUCAACGAGUGAGGAGGAGUCCAGUACAUCUGCUACAACAUCUUUGACGAAUGGUAUUACAUCGACUCAGAACACAUCUUUUACCAGUAGUCAGACUACAGAGAGUACAUCGGACGCCUCGUCGACAAAAAGUGAUAACAUUGUUUCAGUCAGUGCAACUCCUGCAAUUUCGAGUGAAAGCGUGCUUGUGAGCACAACAUCCAAUCUUGGAAGUUCGGUUGCAACCAGUAGCAUCUCAAAGAGCUCACCUGUUAGCACUUCCUCACUUACAGGAUCAAGUACAAGCAGCAGUUCUGAAGUGUUAUCAACCAUCACUGAGGACCCAGAUAUUCCAGAAGUUAUGACUACAACCAAACUUACGACUUUCACUAACUCGGAUGGAUCUGUGGAAACUACUAGGAUUGUUGUCGUUGAGGUGCCUGGUUCUACAAAAUCUUCAACAUCAUCUAUAGAAACAAAAUCAUUCAUCUCCAGUGUGGUCACAGGAAACAAUACUGCCACUGCCUGGAGAAGCUUGAGUACAAGCCAAUUAGAGAGUUUCUCAAACACUUCAGCUGCUACUAGUUUUGAACAGUCGAACAAGGGACUAAGCUUCACAGAAACCUCGUCAAGUAUUCAGUCUUCAAGCAAUACAGCAUCAGCUUUGAAGACCUUGGUGACGAACACAAUAAAUAAUGUGUCAUCGCUCUCAAGUGAGACAGGAAAAGCGGAAUUUUCUAACACCAUUGAUGUGUCCAACACAGAAGCAACAUUCGGAGGAGCUUCAGCAACAACGAAGUCUCCAUACUCUUCGGCCAAAAUUACUUCUUCCCCAACUCAGCACCAUAGUACAUAUCCAUCUACCACCAUAACCAUAUCUCAACAGUCAGCAGAAUCCUACGCAGGAAACACCCCACAAAUCAGCAUUUAUAGAGGUGGGGCAGCUGAGAGUUCCAAUUUGAACAAAUUUUACUUCGCUUUCGCUUUAAUAGCACUUCUUCCUUUUGCAUAA